AUAAAAUUGAAAAUCAUAUAUUUGUGUCUGUGAUAGUUUCAUUUAUCACAUGAGGUGUGAGUGUGAAGAGCGUAUCAGACUAGCAGAGGAGGAAGAGAUAGUGAAGAAGAAAGUGUAGUGGCGUGGAAAUGUCGAAGAAAGGAGGAAGUGGCGCUUCGUUCCAAAAGGACGUGCCAUGGCGAGCGUCUUCUUCAACCGCGAAACCCCUCCCCAAAAUUCACCUCUCUCCACUUCUUCGCGUUUCCCAAACACCCGUCACGGAUUACGCCGUCUCCGUCAUGAGGCAUCCAGACCCUAUAGGGAGUGGAUUGGGUGAUGAGGCCAUAGUGGAAGCAGCUGGUCCCGACUGCCUCGUACCUGGUCAGAAAAUGCCUCUCCAAUUACUUGGCCUUCAGGUCUGGCCAAUCCAUGUUGACCUGAAGUUCUUGGAACCAGUUGGGCGAGAACUUAAGAUGCUUGGAAAGAGUCGGUUCAAGCACAUUGGCAUUGUUUGCUUCCACUGAACUAGUCAGAUAUGUUAUUUACUUGAGAUCCUUCAAGACCAAAUUCUCCAAUGGUCCUUCUUGAUCUCUUUCUCUUCACCAGAUUAACGACCAUAUAUUCUUCUUUCUAGUGCUUUCCAGGGACCUUUCUUUAUGUUCAAACUACCUUAAUUUAGAUAGUCAUAUUUGCCUAGGUUUAUUUGGUUGUUAAUUUAUAAUUUGUCUGUUUAUUGUUUGAUUUCCGGGGUUACACGUUUACGUGAGACGUGCUUUUGUAAAUAUGC